AAAAAAAAAAAAAACAGGACACUAGCGGCCGUCGGGCGAAUGUUUACCGAGCAGGCUUUAGAGUGGUGGUGAGGAAAGUGACAGUCACACUGGAGGCUUGGUGUAUGGUGAAACACAGGUGAUUUCAGCUUCCACGGUUGCAUUUUACAGCGGAAUGUUCACUCGAAGGGGGCAUGGAGACGUCAAGAAAUCUACACAGAAAGUUCUGGACCCAAAGAAGGAUGUGCUGACCCGGCUCAAACACCUCCGGUCACUGUUAGAUAUCAUUGACAAGAGUGAACUGAAGCCGUUCUUCGAGAGCAACUGUUCUCAGAUUUAUUUUAUCUUUUAUGAAAAUUUCAUUACACUGGAAAGCAAUUUAAAACAAAAAGGGAACAAAUCUCAAAGGGAGGAGCUGGACUCUAUCCUCUUUAUUUUUGAAAAAAUUCUACAACAUCUGCCUGAGAAAAUCUACAACCGAUGGCAGUUUCACAGUAUAGGUUCUAUCCUGAAAAAGCUUUUACACACUGGAAAUUCAUUCAAGAUCCGCUGUGAGGGGAUCCGUCUCUUCCUGCUGUGGCUGCAGGCCCUGAGGGACAACUGUGCUGAGGAGCAGUUCCUUAUCUUUGCCUGUCUGGUGCCAGGAUUCCCUGCUGUGCCCUCCUCCAGAGGGCCCUGCACCCUUGACACCAUCAUUUACAACCCCUUCUCCAACCCGCCUGAUGCAGCCAAGGUGGUGCCUGAGGAGAUUACCCCACUUGUUCCGGCUGUGGUCGGAGAAAAGGUUGCAGAUGACCAGACCUGUUACAUCCUCGAAACCCUGCUCAAGUACAUGGUCAUCCAGGCAUCCAGUUUAGAAUGGAAGAACAAAGAGAACCAGGACACAGGCUUCAGGUUUCUGUUCAGCCUUUUCAAGAAGUACUACCUUCCACAUCUAUUCCCCUCCUUCACUAAGCUUACAAAUCUCUACAAGCCUUUAUUAGACCUCCCCCACCACAGACCAAAACCCUUGUAUGUGCCAGUGACGCGGAACAAUGAGAGCACCUUCUGCACCAGGGACCAGUACCUGGCACCCCGUGUGGCCUUCAUCACUUGGCUGGUCACCUUUUUCCUGGAGAAGAAGUAUGUCAGCAGUGCUGCUGCAGCGCAGAGCGCCAAGAACGGCACUGAGGUCAUUCCCAAACUCAUCCAGACUGUCACUGCAGGCAGUAGCAGCCAGGAGAAGGAGAAGGAUAAGACAUCAGAUGGGGAUACGAACGGGCCAGCGGGGGAGCCUGAGAAGAGCCACUCCAACAGCAGCACGCUGUCAGAUCGACGGCCCAGCGAUUCCAGUUUGUGUAGCAUUGAGGAGGAGCACCGCUAUGUCUAUGACAUGGUGCAUGCCAUCCUGCUGUCCACCAGGGACAAUGUGAAUUUUGUCAACGAGGUCUUCCACCAGGCCUUCCUGCUGCCCUCCUGCGAGGCAUCAGCAACCAGGAAGGUGAUCAAAGUUUAUAGGAAGUGGAUCCUGCAGGAGAAGCCCAACUUCAUGACGGAGCCUGACACACCUACCCAGAGAGAUGAAGUGGAUGACAGCUCUGAACAGACACUCAGCUCAGAGACUAACAGCAUGCAUGCACAGACGUUACAGAGUCAUGGUCACAGACGGUCGUCCAGCUGGGGGAGGACUUACUCAUUUAGCAGCGCCAUCAGUCGGGGCUUUCUCACUGAGGAGCAGAACAGGGACGUCAAGGCUGGUAUCCAGCCCACGCUACAGGUAUUCCUGACCAACUCAUCCAAUGUGUUCAUGUUGGAGCCAUGCCAGGAUGUACCUAAACUCCUGGACAACCAGGUUGAGGUGUGCAAGGGUGUUCUCAGCAUCUACCGGCACAUGAUCAUGGAGCACACAAUGAAUACACAGACAUGGGAGCAGAUGCUGCAGGUACUGCUAAGGAUCACAGAGGCAGUGAUGAAGAGGCCACAGGAAAACCAAAGAAAAGACAGCUUUGCUGAAAGUUUAGCUUCUAUACUUUUUAGGACCAUCAUUGUGGCGUGGGUGCGAGCCAACCUGUGUGUAUUUAUCUCCCGGGAGCUAUGGGACGAGCUGCUGGCAGUGCUGUCCUCUCUUACCUGCUGGGAGGAGCUGGUGACAGAGUGGGCCAGCAUCAUGGACUCACUGACGGCUGUGCUGGCACGCUCCGUUUAUGGCCUGGAUAUGGCCAACCUGCCUCUGGACAAACUCAGCGAACAGAAGGAGAAGAAACAGAGAGGACGUGGAGUGAUCCAGGACUCCCAAAAGGCAGCAGCAGUGGCACGUUCCUUUUCACUAAGUUGGAGGAACCAAGGCGAACAGGGUGGGCCAGGAAUUCAGGAGCCCAUGAGGAUUCGAUCCGCCACUACGUCAGGAGCUCCUGGGGUAGAGAAAGCCCUUAACAACGUCCGACAGAAGGCCUCUGCUAAGCGAAGCCAGUCCAUCAGCAACUGUGUUCAUCUAUACGAGGCAUUGCCCACUACUAAAAGCGUUCCUAUGCUGCUCCACACUGUGAGCUCUUUCUUGCCUGGUAUCUCUUCUGGUAAUUCUGCUUGCUCUCACAGACUCUCAGAUGUGGAGGAGUGUCAGCUGUCAGAAUGUGGGGGAGAGGAGGAGCUAGGAGGCGGAGAUAGCCCUCUGCCACGUAGCAGCAGCACCUCAGACAUCACCCAACAAAUGUCUGACACUUUACCGGCCCAGAAGAGAGAGUACUCCCCUACUUCCUGUGGCUCUGAUAGCAGGACCUCGGAGGGGAGGAGAGAGAGCAAUGAGCCACCAGUGAUCCUCAUCCGGCGGAGCAGCAGUACAGCUGAGACAGAGUGCAAUGCUGAGGGCCACACAAACUACACAAGACCCAAGCUCAGAGAGAAAAGUGAGAGUAUAAGCAGUGAGACGUCCAACGGCUACCUCAAUGAAGCUGAGGUUACCUGGCAGGCCUUUGAUGAGGAGGCUGAUACUCAGUCCACACAGUCAGCCCACAUGGAUGUGACAACCGACCCCCAGAGCCAGGGGAGUCUGCUGCUCAGCCAUAAUGAGGCUCUAGCAGGUCCCGAGUGUGCCCUCCCUCCCCACUCUGCACCCCCGUCCUACCACCACCACAACCACUACCACUACCCCCAGAACCCGCCCGCCUCACCAGCCCUGCUGGUGCACACAGAGUGCCCAAGGGACUGCCCCCUGGACGACACCAUGCAUCAGUCUGUCUUACACAUGCCACACCACUUGGACAGUAGUGAGUGUUUGGCAGAUGAUGUCAGCAUUAUUGCGGGUGGGACCCUGACUGGUUGGCAUGCCGAUUCCGCCUUCGUCUUGUGGAGGAGGAUUUUGGGUAUCCUGGGAGAUGUCAACAGCAUCCAUUGCCCAAAAAUCCAUGCCAAGGUCUUCACCUAUCUUUAUGAGCUUUGGCACAAGCUUGCUAAGAUCCGGGACAAUCUCGGGAUCAGUGUGGACAACCAGUCUUCUCCUCCCCAGCCUGCCUUUAUCCCUCCUAUUCGAAUGCUGGCCUCCUGGCUCUUCAGGGCCACUAUGCUGCCCGCUGAGUACAAGGCUGGCAAGCUGCAGGCCUACAAGCUGAUCUGUGAGAUGAUGACCAGGCACCAGGAUGUGCUCCCCAAUAGCGAUUUCUUGGUGCACCUCUAUCACAUCAUGCACAAGGGCGUCACCAGCAACGACCAGGAUGUUUUGAACACUAUCAUCCGUUCCUGCUCUCCACGUUUCUUCUUCCUCGGCCUGCCAGGCUUCACCAUGCUUAUUGGGGAUUUCAUCACUGCUGCUGCCUGCGUUCUCAGCUCUGGCUCCUCAGAGGCUCCAAGGUUGGAGGCUCAGACAAUCUUGGGCUCCCUUGUGUGCUUCCCCAACCUUUACCUCCAGAUUCCUAUACUGCAGCGUGUGCCUGGCUCUGAUGACAUUGUUGUAGGCAAUGAGGAUAUCAAGGAUUAUCUGGUCAACAUCCUGCUCGAGACGGCAACAAAGGAACAUUGUGAAGGGUCCAGGUGCAUUGCCGUGUGCAGUCUGGGUCUGUGGGUGUGUGAGGAGCUAAUGCAAAAGAACAUCCACCACCAGGUUAAAGAUGCCAUCAAUGUUCUCGGAGUAACACUAAAGUUUGGGAACAAAGCAGUGGCUCAAGCAGCUUGUGACGUGUUUCAACUGCUCAUCUCUCACUGGGAACAUCUCCAGAGGUUGGAGCCCACUUUGCCUAAGAAAAUCAUUGAGAUCUUUGUGGCCACAAUAGCCUUUUUGUUGCCGAGCGCAGAGCACUCAACAGUGGAAGCAGACAAAAAGUUGAUGGUGUCGCUGCUGCUCUGCCUGUUGGACUGGUGCAUGGCUGUUCCCCUGAGUUUGCUGCUGGAACCCAUCACCAUGCCUUUGCUGGACGACCGCACAUCCCACAAGGCCCCACUACUGGACUACAUCUACAGGGUGCUCCACUGCUGUGUGUCUGGCUCCAACCUGCACACCCAACAGAGCCACUACCUCCUCAGCCUGUCAGAUUUGUCCACUGACUAUGACCUCAUGUUGGGUCAGGUUAAGAGCUUCGAGCCACCCCCCUCCCAGAUGACCACCACUGACUUUGGCAACCUGCUCACCGUUGCUGAGGAAAAGCGACGCCGGAACAUGGAGCUGAUUCCCCUGACAUCACGGAUGGUCAUGACACACCUGGUGAACCAUCUGGGCCAUCAUCCACUGAGCGGCGGACCAGCCCUUCUGCAUAGCCUUGUGAGCGAAAAUCACGACAACCCGUAUGUGGAGUCAUCCGAGCUGUCCUCCGAGGUCUUCAAAAGCCCCAACCUGCAGCUGUUUGUCUUCAAUGACAGCACGCUGGUGUCCUACCUGCAGAUCCCCGCCGAGACCCCCACUGUCGGACAGCCCCCCCAGCCUUCCUCCCAAGUGCGUGUCAUUGUCCGGGAUAUCUCAGGAAAAUACUCAUGGGAUGGCUCAAUCCUCUACUGCACCACCCAGGAAGACUCUGUUGAUUCAGGAGUUUUUAAUGCAGUUGACCGCCCUCUUUCUACCACCACUACUGUCGAUCCCAGCAGAAAUCAGCCCAACUCUCCAACUAAGGGGCCGUACAAAAAUCAUUGCUCAGUCUCAGACUCCCUCUCUGACUGUUGCGAGGAGGAAGAGGUAGAUAUUCUGGAUAAGCUUUUGGAAGACCUGGGCCAGUGCAGCCCAGAAUGCCUGCCCCAACCACAACUUAGGCUCAACCAGCCAGCCCCCUCACCCCAUGGCAUGAACCUAGAGCAAGAGAGCGCCAUCCUGGAGGCCAUUCUGCGUCAGACUCAGCAGGAGGAGGAACAAGUGAGGAGGUGGGAUGCUGAUGUAAGCUUUCGGGCUGCCUGCCAGAGGGAACCCUCCCACCAGGAACCAAAAGCCCCUUUCUACUUCUGCCGGCUGCUGCUUAAUGACCUUGGCAUGAACUCUUGGGACCGCAGGAAAAGUUUCCAUUUGUUGAAGAAAAACUCCAAACUCUUAAGGGAAUUGAAGAACCUGGAUUCCAGGCAGUGUCGAGAGACACACAAGAUUGCUGUGUUCUACAUUGGAGAGGGCCAAGAGGACAAGUGCUCCAUCUUGUCUAACAGCGCAGGCAGCCAAGCCUAUGAAGACUUUGUCUCUGGACUGGGAUGGGAGGUGGACUUGGCCACACACUGUGGCUUUAUGGGUGGCCUCCAGAGGAAUGGCAGUACAGGUCUAACGGCUCCUUACUAUGCUACCUCCACUGUGGAAGCCAUCUUCCACGUGUCAACUCGUAUGCCAUCUGAUUCUGAUGACAGCCUCACCAAAAAGCUGCGUCACCUGGGAAAUGACGAGGUCCACAUAGUGUGGUCAGAGCACACCAGGGACUACCGACGUGGUAUCAUCCCAACUGACUUUGGAGACGUGCUGAUUAUCAUCUACCCGAUGAAGAACCACAUGUAUUUCAUCCAGAUCAUGAAGAAACCACAGGUUCCUUUCUUUGGGCCUCUGUUUAAUGGCGCCAUCAUCACUGGGACGCUGCUGCCAAGCUUGGUGCGGGCCACCUGUAUCAAUGCCAGCAGAGCUGUCAAGUCCCGGCUGACUCUCUACCAGAGCUUCUAUGAGGAGCGGGCACUCUACUUGGAGGCCAUUGUUCAGAACCACAGAGAGGUCAUGACCUUUGAGGACUUUGCCUCGCAGGUCUUCUCUCCGUCUCCUGGCUAUCCAAUGAGUGGGACAGGCUCCUUCACCGGCAGCGCGAGCACUGAAGCCGGAAACACCAUAGGAACGACGGACUCUGUCGACCAGGUCUCUCCCACAAUGCCCCGUGCCACAAAGAACCGAGUUUCCGGAAAACUCCGCCGAUCAGCCAGCGCUAUAAGCAAAUCCUCCAACUGAGCUUUUCAGCCUUGUCUCCCUUUUUUUCCUCCCUGAGUGCAGCCUUUAAUCUUUUCUCGAAGGACCUCACACACCCAGCCGUGACUGCAAGAGAUUCUUUUUUUUUUUUUGACGUGUUGUUUUUCUUUUAUUUUGUGUCAUAUAAACAUGUAACUGGAGCAUAUUGCAAUUUUUAAUUUAAGUAGCAAAUCAUUUGAUUUUGUUGAUACAUUUCCAUUUGUCGUGGUGUUUAACUGCUUAAUCAAGAUGGACAUGUGACUAAGCUAUUUAUGUUCAUCCUGGUGGUUCCAGCUUAAGAAUCAGCAACAUAGGAAGACUUGACUGAGAAGUCUUAACGCAACCUGUGAUAAAAAAUGUCAUUUUUAUUCUCAUUUUAUAGUGCAGACACGAUGCACUAGAGAAAAAAGUUCUUACUAUAGUAAGGGAAUGGGAGACUGCUUUACCCUGUUUCUAUAUCUCAUCUAUCUUAACACUUAAUGUGACAAGCACUGAAUGACACAGCUGUAAAUGGCAUCAUGCUAAAACUGCACAAGGGAUUGGUAUCCAUUUAUAAAUGUGUCUGCCUUUUUUACCUCCUCCUCCACCUGCCACAACCUUUCUGUGUCAAAGAUACCACUUCAGUUUGGACCACGUCUGUGGACCAUCUCCCUACAGUGAAAAGGAGAAAAAGACUGAAGCAUGGGGAAUACCUCUCCAGAAUGAUUUGUACUCACGGCGCUGCUACACAGACUACACAGUCCCUGUAGUGCAUGCAGUCAGACGCUUUUUAAUUGUUUUGAAACCAGAGUGGACAAUCAAUGACGUCUUUCUAACUUGCGCUGAAUAGAAUUUUUUUUUUUUUUAUCACUCUAAUUUUCCUUUUUAAAUGAAUUCCGAUGGAUUGUGUCAUGAUUUGAUUUAUGCAACUCUGCUGGAAUGAGAAAAGACUGCAUUUGUAAUUGUUUUCUGAUGUCGUUAACAUAGGCUCAUGUCCGGUAAUCGAAUAAGUUCCCCCUGUCUCUUUCCUCUGCUAUCAGUUUCCCUGUCCUGUGAAGCUAAGACAUUGACAUUCCAACGUUCCCGACCAACGUUUUUGCACUCACUGUCAUUGAUUAACUAGCAUUGAAUGUUUCUCUUUGUUCUUGGAUGUUAAUUGCUUUAAGUUUUAUUUGCUGAUGUCUGUUUGCUAGGUGUGUAUAUAGAAAGGACUAUUUGAUUAAUUAUUUUUGCUGUUGUGUUUUAUGUAUUCAUGUGCUGUUUAAAAGGAAAAAUACCACCAGAGCCUCAGGUGAAUCUUAACUCCAUGCACUGGUGUGUGCGUGCGUGCGUGCGUGCGUGCGUGCGUGCGUGCGUGCGUGCGUGCGUGCGUGCGUGCGUGCGUGCGUGCGUGCGUGCGUGUGAAUGAAUGAAUGUGUGAGUGUGAGAGAGAGUGUGAGCUUCAGAGGGAGCUUCUCACAGUGCCUGUGUAAUGUCUGCCCCCUAAGAUGCUGUCCCCCACCCACCCCUACUACCCAUAAUCAGAUUUUAGUUUUUCUCCUUCAUCGUCUGAGACAAACCAUGGAAACCCCACGUCACAUCUCCUCGUUAGCAGUCAAAAACAAAAGUGUUUUCCUCUCCUGCGACUCUAAAGGUCACUGUCUUGUGCUUCCCACAAAAAAAAACAAAACAACAGAUGGAUUUGGAAUCGUGGGGUUCUCUGUUUAGUCUAUAUUAUAGGUGGUUUGCUGCUCUGUCUUUAUCUGUGAAUGGAAUCAAGUGGCACCGACUCCUCCUCUUUCCCAUGAUCCUUUCCCCCUGUCGCCUCCUGAGGCCACAGGAGGGGUUUGGGAAGGGGUGGGGUGGCUGCGUUUUAGGUGGCAUGCCAGAGCUGAACUCUAACAGCCCUCCUAGCAACAACCAGGCCGGCACUCACACACUUCUCCAACCUGCCCGCUUGGGGUUGUCAUGGUAGCCAGGUGUUCCCCACAUACACACAUUAUACACUCACACCCUCUGAGGGCUCCACCCAAGCUGCAACACUAUCCCCAUCUGUUGCACUACUAUGCCUUACUCUCCCCCCCCCCCAUGCUCUCCUGUCAUUUUUUCGUCAUCCUCACAUCUUUCCUCCUUUUGUUUGUUCAUUCCCCCCCCGAAGCAGAAAAUGGGGAAUCCAAACAGCAGGAGGGUUGACGGAUUUGUUUUUGUGCUUUUCUUUUUUUGAAGAAUGUAUAGAUAUAUAGGCCUGGAUCAACAUGUUUGUUUUUUAUUUUCCCCAAAGCCACUUGAAAGAACCACCCAGGAUGCUGAUCUAAAGAUUGUAGGUUAUAGAUGAUGUCUGUUGAAGGGGUCUGUGCUCCCCCUUUGGUGGCUUAGUUGCUGGAGAUGUUAGUUUGGACCAAGAUAAGGAUUGUGUGUCUUAUAUACGUGAAGAAAAAUGAGCUAGUGUUAGUCCUAGUAUGUUUUUGCUUUUCUUCUCGUUUUAGAAAUCCUUGUACAUUGUGUCAAAUUUGAGGGCUUCUGCGCCCUCUGAAUAUAAAUAUAUUAAUGCCUGUAAUAUAAUCUUUGUAUAAGAGGAAAAAAAGCUUGAAGAUUUCAUCAUUACUUGUCAACAUAUCAAACUGUUUUUAACGACCGAAGUCCUGCUAUCUUUAUUAGAAAUGUGAAAAUUGAAACAUUUCAUUAAAUCAAUUUGAAAUUCUA